AUGGUCACCCCUCCUUACAUGGUCACCCCUCCCUACAUGGACACCUCUCCCUACAUGGUCACCCCUCCCUACAUGGUCACCCCUUCCUACAUGGUCACCCCUUCCUACAUGGUCACCCCUCCCUACAUGGUCACCCUCCUCCAUGGUCACCCUCCCUACACAGACACCUCUCCCUACAUGGUCACCUCUCCUUACAUGGUCACCCCUCCCACAUGGUCACCCCAUGGUAACACCUCUACACCCCACCGCGACACCUCUCCCCACAUGGUCACCCCUCCCUACAUACAUGGUCACCCCUCCUUACAUGGUCACCCCUCCCUACACGGACACCUCUCCCUACAUGGUCACCCCUCCUUACAUGGUCACCCCACCCUACAUGGUCACCCCUACACGGACACCUCUCCCUACAUGGUCACCCCUCCCUACAUGGUCACCCCACCCGACACAGACACCUCUCCCUACAUGGUCACCUCCUUACAUGGUCACCCCUCCCUACAUGGUCACCCCUCUCCCUACAUGGUCACCCCUACAUGGUCCCCUCCUACAUGGUCACCUCCCCCUCCUACAUGGUCACCCCUCUCCUACAUGGUCACCUCUCCCUACAUGGACACCCCUCCCUACAUGGUCACCCCUCCUUACACCUGA